CUCCGUCCUCAGCGUCGCUUGCAGUUGCAGUGCUUCUCCUCCUGCGUCGUUGAAUGCGUAAAACCCUAAACCUCUCUCUCUCUCUCUCUCAUUCUCGGUGACCUCUUCCGCUGCAACUUCUUCCGCUUCCGCAGCUGCUCCGACGUGCCCCAGCUGAACUGAGAGAGGGCAGGUUGGAAGGAAGCUUGCAUGGCGCUGAGAGGGGUGUGGCAGCUCCAGAAGCUGAUAGUGAGCUACUGCGAUUGGGGAGGAAGCAGCAGGGGGAUCAGGGCAUUUAUGGAGUCUCACUUACCAGCCUUCAAAGAGAAGAAUCCUCAGCUGGAAGUGGUUGCCGAACUCGUACGUGGCCAGCAUCCUCUCUUGAAGGGGUUUUACAAGAACAAGAAUGAGCGGGUAGUUUGCGUGAGGAAUAUGGAUCCAGAAGAAGUCCUCCUGCAUGCAACAAGGUUGAGGAACGCGUUGGGUAGGAAGGUUGUGAAGCUCAGGACGAGACACGUGACCAAACACCCAAGCGUACAGGGUACUUGGACGACUGGUCUCGAGCUCUAAGUCAUCAGGGGGAUGUCGGAGUAUUUUUUUUUCUUGGUUCUUUCGGUUAUAAGUCAUCAGGGAGUGAAUGAGCACCAUUCUUUCUGGAUAGAUGGGUUAAAAGAUUGUGUCCAAACCGGGAAGUUUGAUAUCAAUUUUCCAGCUGUUUUAGUACUCCCUUUCUGUUGAAGUUCCUUUAUACUUACCAAGUGAUAAAUCAAUAUCAAUAAGAUUCAAAGGAAGCAACAAGAGCUGCAUUGAUCGCCA